AUGGGUGGCCUCCUAGCAGCUGAAGCCGCCCUCGACCCCUCUCUCAACCCCAGUGGCCAGCCUAAGAGGGUCAUCGGGGUCAUCGCCUUCGAUACCCCCUUCCUCGGAAUGCAUCCACACGUUGUCAUCAGCGGCAUAGCUUCCCUCCUUCCAAAGAGCGACGAGAAAGAAAAGGAACGAAAGAAGCCAGCUAAAUCAGAGAAAGAACUCAACCAGCAUCCUGAAGUGCACGUUGUGGAGCCCAAAGUCACGGAUGAUUGGGAAGCGUUCAAGGAGAAGAUACACCGCAAGUCGAGGCCGCGGUCGUGGCAACCGUCUCUGGAUCCCCAGUCGUACCUGGAUAUCCCUCCCCGGGGACCUUCACCUUCCCCGUCUUCGCCCCCACAAGAUACCGCGUCAUCCAUUUCCGGGACUUCUUCAUCCCAAUCAAAUUCCCGCCGCUCACCGUCCCCGUUCUUCGAUCGCGCACUUGAUUUUGUGGCCUCCUACACGGACCCAGAUGAUCCCCUCAUCCGAUGGUUCCGCAAACACUCUGACGACCCUCUCCGCGCCACUAAACGCUGGAUUCUGGAAAAGUUCCAAUUUGGAGGAUGUAUGUUCGAUCCUUCGGGAUUGAAAUCUCGGUACUUGAGGCUCGUCGACUGGGAAGGGGGGCUGUGGGUCAACUACUGGACAUUGACUGUACCCAAGGACGGCGAUAGUGAACAUGGCCACGACGAAGCCAACGACAAGGCACUGGAAGCAGCAGGCAUGCUUCCACCCAAGGAAGAAAGUCGCAAGAGGAACAAGUUGCACAAGGCUCCGAAGCCAGAGGAUAUCCAGAAGCAGAAGCAGAAGGAGAAAUCCAUGUCGUCAGGCCAUCAUUUUGUCGUUUUGCCUACGAGUUCGACGUUAGACUUUGACUUUGGUGGGAUGGAGCGUUGGGAGAAGGUGUUGAUCGCUGGUGUGGAUGAUGAGGUGGAGGCGCAUACAGGUUUGUUCAAGGCAUCGUCUAAUUUGGAUUAUGAUGCCUUUGUGGAUAGGGUGGCGGAUCGAGUCAUGGGGUGGUGUCAGCAUUUGCAUCUGGGAGUGUAGAAAGGCGUAGAAUGACGCUCGUCGGAUAUACCAAGUGGCGAAAGCCUGGAAUUGGGGAACGUUGACGAACGAUCUCUAUUUUCCUUGCCUAUCUGGUGUAACCAUUUAACCUUCGUCAGCCUGGUGCUCAAUCGUUAUCGAAUAAACGAAUAUCCUUCCUC